AUGAUUCAUACAAAGCUCUUACUUUCACUGGCGAUAUGUCUUGGCAGCAUUGGCCCCGCCGUCGCCGACCCUGCCAACGGCUGGGAAGCCGCCUUCUGGUCGGGUGCAAAGUGUACCAGCGAGGGAACGGGCACGUACCAGAAGGGCAAAGGCUUCAAGAAGGGUCAAAAGUUCUGCCAUGGUAUUCCUGACAUUGGCGUCACGCAAGCCGUGGACUUUUACGCCAAAGACUCUUCCUACAAGUUUGGUCUCCACCGCAGGGAUGAUUGCUCAGACAGUCCCUCUCAGUACCUUGGCAACCCAGACCAGCCGGUGUGUAUUGAGACCAACGACAUAGGUGGCUCCGUUGCCUUCUCCGUCAAACAUACCCGAUCUAGCAGGCGCAGCGUCGAUGAGUCUGAAGACCUACUCGAGGAGCGUAACGCCGUCCCAGAGGACGAUGCAGUCCUCGCCGCUGAAGCCCGAGACUUUGUCGACUCCUACACCGUCAGCACUCUCGCCGCUUCCGGCGGCUUUGGUAUCACUGCCGUCCAGUCUUGCCCAGUAAGGUACAACAACAAUCCAGCCAAUGGCUGGCGACAAAACACCGUCUGUUGUAUCUCCGCCACGGGCUUCGCCUUCUUUGCCUUCCUCUCCGUCUGGCACAACACGGGCGAAACGGAAGAGUCGAACGGCGGCAAGCGCAACGUUGAUGGGCCAUGGUACGAAACCCUGAACCCACACUCCGACUUCGGUGUUCUGGAGGCCGUUCAGCCCUUGGGCCAGACCAUGGACAAGGAAGGCACCCAAUGGGAUCAAUAUCUCUACAACGUUACGGAGCACCGGACGGGGCUGCGCCAUCAUCUCAUCUACGAGCACGACGUGAGCUACGGCCGCCAUAUCCUGUCUGCCGAUCAAGACACCACUCGGAUGGGCUUGGAGAACGGUGGACUUAACAAACGCCAGUCCGCCAGCACUUACCGCGCCUAUUACGCCUGGAAAAACUUGCGGCACAAGCCCUUCAAGGCGCGCGGGACUGGUAACGCGGAGGUUGGGCAUCUGGUAGAGCAGGCGUGGAACUUCUGUCGGGGCAAUGAUCAGGACGUCGUCUGUGCCAACUUCAGGGUUAAGGGCAAGGGGCAGAUUGCAUUGGGGCAGUAUUCCGUCACCAACGGGGUGUUCUCGCCGGAUUUCAGCAGUUGCUGA